AAAAGUAAAAGGCGGCGAUCUAGACGGCAACCUGCGCGCGUGCGCCGAAGGUGUCUUCGAUGCCCCGUAUAGAGGAGGCGCCUCAACUGGGGCUGUGGUGCUGGCGCAGGCGCAGUGAGAGCUGGUUGGGGCGGAGGAGGAAGUGAGGUUAGCGUUUCGGGUCUGGAGCCAUCCGGGAGCGGCUUUCUUGCUUUUCGCAAGGCGGCUGCCGGGGAGAAGGGCUGCUUACCGCGUUCCUCCGCUUUACCCAGCAGGCCUGUGACUGCUUGUUUAUUUGGAAGUUUGGUUUUCCCUGCCUAUACUCACCAUGAGCCCAGCUGAUACGAAGCGUUGUGGGACCAAACGUCGGAAAAAUAAAAAAGGUAGUGGCUUUGGCCCAUCAAAUCUAGCUGGAGUCUUCGAGGUCAAAUCUGUAGGACCAUCUUCCAUUAUCGCCCCCUCCUGCUCCUCAUUCUCCCCCUCAACCCCAUCUACUUCUACUAUAGCGUACCUGCAGUCUUCCACCACCAACACAGCUUCUUCUAGCACUGAAAAUGGCCUUCUGGCAGCAGCUGCCACAGCUACCCCCUUGAUUCCUAGUGAAAGAAUGAAGAAGGCCGAGUUUCAGAAAAAGCGCUGUGGAGGAACAAUUAAUUCUAGACAAACUCGCAAAAGAAAUAGAAUUAGCAACUCAGCUCCUGAAACAGCUUCACAAGAACCAAUUGAUCUUGAAGUUAAUACCUGUGAAGAAGUAGUAGACCUGACUUGUGAAUCUUCAGAACCAAUAGUAGUUGAUCUUACACACAAUGAUUCUGUUGUGAUUGUUGAAGAAAAUGUUUGUCAACAACAAAAUCAAGAAUUAAGAAGUCAGCAACUCCCUGACAGCUGUAUAUUAAGUAGUGAUGAUGAUGAACCAAGAGAUGAAGUGAUUCUGACUAACACACUACCUAAAGAAUUGGAAUUACUAGAAGAUGGUAUUUCAAGUUCACACCGUUCAGGUACUGUGAGUUGCCCAAUUUGCAUGGAUGGGUAUUCAGAGAUUAUUCAGAAUGGACGGCUCAUUGUAUCAACGAAGUGUGGUCAUGUCUUCUGUAGCCAGUGCCUCCGUGAUUCUCUAAAAAAUGCUAAUUCUUGCCCAACUUGUAGGAAGAAACUUGGCUACAAACAAUAUCAUCCAAUUUAUAUAUGAAGCUUAGAUCCUUCUCCAAAGAAUCUAAAUUGAACUCUUCUGAAUGCUUCAUAAACAUAUAUUUUCAGCAAACAAUAGAGUAUUAUAGUUGCCCAGAUGUGACAGUUAAUGUGCAGACCAUUAUGGAUGUUUAUCAGUAUGUGAGCUUGUUUUUUGUUCGGUUAAUCAUAUGAAGUUGGCUUUACAGUCCACUAAAGUAUGUGGAUGUUUGAAGGACAGUUCCAGUGAAAGCAAAUUGGUAUUGCCAUGCUGUUAUUCAAGAAUUUGGAUGACACCUCUACAAGAUAGUUUUUGACUUCAGAUGACAGGAUGAAAAUAUGUUUUAAUUUGUCCAAGAUACAAGUCAUGCUUAUGAUAAUGUGAGUAAUAGCAGCCAGUUAGUAACCCUGCAUUUUUCUUUUUGCAUUUCAUUCUCAAAAAAUUGAACCCACAUUUGUUUCCUGCUAAUAUUCUACCUUUUAUGUGAACUUCUGCAUUUCCAAGGAGACUAUAUUUUGUAGCCAAGGUGCACCACAUUUUUAACAUCAAAUUUAUUUUGAAGGCAUUUUUGGAAGACAGAUUAGUAGGACCAUAACUGUAGAAAAUGUUUGACUCUUUAGAGUAUAACCAUAAAUAUUUUCUGUACACACCUAACUUACAAAAGUAUAAGUUGAAACGUACUUCAUCACCAUCUCAGAAAAAGACAAAGAGGAAUCUGAGUUCUGGCAUAAGUUUAUAGUACAAAUAUUUGAUAGGAUGAAGAUAAUGAAAGCUGUCUUUAAGUAAAUACAUGUUCAUAAUGGUGUACUGAGUACCUGAUAAUUUUAAUAAUUUUUCAUUGCUAAAACUUAACUAAUAGGUUUGAUCAUGACCAUAUAUAAGUUACUGGGUUGAUUUUAUAAUUUGUAAGGUUGAUUUCUGAACUCCCAAUGAUUCAUUCAUUUCUCUUUAUGUAGUCAUGCAGUGCAGAUUGAACAUUUUUAAUGGCUAUACUUUCACUAUUCCUUUUUUCCAAAUAUGUGCAUUUUGAAAAUAAUAAGAAAGCCCUUAUUAGACUGACUGCCAUUGACAAAUGAUCAGAAUGGUACAGCAUGAAAUAUGCAACAAUAAGUUUAAUAUUAAGAAUUUUUGGAAGCGCUUCUUUUGGGGUAUACCCACAUAUCAUUUUGGAGCUUCAUAUUUUUGCUGUAAGCUACACUGAUGAAAAUAUAGAACUUAUACUGUAUAUCUUAGUAAGCAGAAGGAAGUGAGCCAUGCAGUCUGGAUAGGUAAUUUGCGUUCUAUUAUCUAUGUUACUGAUGCUUAUUGUAUAACCAUGAAGGGUUUCUUAACAACUACCUUUUAAAUAUAAUUUAUAAUUACAAAACAUCACAAAUAUGCAAUGUAGAAACAAUCUCUCUGCAGUAUUAGGAGUUUCAAUAGAAUAUUAAAUAUGUUUCCAUUUUUAGAAUGUUGAAAAUGUUAUGGAUUCCCCUAUCCAUUUAUAUUAGGACAGUAAAAAAUCAAGGUGUGUAUAGAUGAGAAAAAACAUUUUGUUUCAAACACAGAACAAAACCAUUCCAUUCUGGAGGUUCUGUCAAGCUUUGUUGGGCCUUUCACAGUCCAGCUUUAGCUUUGGCUGUUCUAGAUUUUGGAUGAAAUUGGUACAUGUCACCCCCUUCUCUCUUUCUCCCCCAGCUCCCAGAAAAGAACAAAUCAAAGUGUUUAUUUUUUCCCCCUCAGCAGCCUUGCUAAUAUUCCAGUAUGGCACAUCCUAAUGCCCUGUUUGCUGCCACAUCCCCACCCCCCCAUCUUUCCAGGAUAUUCCCUCCCUCCUCUAAGCCACCACUGCUGAUGUUCCAGCAAGGCACAGCCCGCCUGCUUCCUGGACUUCCUGACACUUUCUUCCCUUAUCUUCUCUCAGCUGCUGAUAUCCUUGGCUUUUUCCCCACUUGCAACCACUUCUGCUCAGAACAGAGCAGCCCCAUUUCUUUCUGUAUACGUGAUAAAGCAUCUAAAACAUGCACGCCUCAGUUCAGACCUGGACUACCCAAAACCACUAGUUUAAGGCAUGGAAUGAUUUGUACAUCCCUAGUAAGAACAUAAAACCUUAUCUGGAAUUUCCUUUGGGUGUUCAGAGCCUGCAUAUCCAUGAGCAAUUCCCACAUGCUUAGAGACUGCUAUUUAAUCAAUUGUAUCCAUGUAAUUAGUUCAUUCAGAUGCAUUAAGAGCUAUUCACUGAAAUCAUUCUCUAAUACAACUUUAGAAAUCAGCAUAGCUUUUACAUUAUUCAAAUCCAGUUAUGCCUGUUAAAAUUUUCAUUAUCCUAGGAACACUUUUUGUCUCCUGUAUUGGAGUUCUUGUAAAUAUAAAACUUAGCUUACAUGAGUAUUUGUGAAUCAUCUCUGGGCAACUGGAGUAACCCAUGCCAGUUAAAAUCUAGAACCAUUUUAAGAAAGUAAGGGUGGAUUCUAUCUGUUGCUUUUGAAUUAAGUAGUGAUUGCUUUUGGUUAAAUAUGAUAGGAUCAGAAUUCAAAUGAAUCUAGUUGUGUAACAUGAAAAAAAACUGCACAAUUUGUUCAUAUUAUUCUAUUAUAAUUUGUCAUUCAUUCAAGCCUGCUUUGAUCUGCAAUGCUUACCCUUUUUCCCCACCCAGCUUUUGAGAUUUCUGCUAGUUAGCAAGCACAUCAACUGUAGCAUUAGAUAUUAAAUACAUUUUGGCUGUAUUUUAAUGUAAUGUUAGACCAUUGUUCAGUAGUUCAUAUAUAAGCCUCAGAGGGUGUGUUCUUCCCUUCUCUAAUAAAAUCUAUGUUGAAGGCUUUUGCUCCCCUCCCCCCACCAAUCACAGUCUUUUUGCUAGGGAAGGGAAAGUGCACAAAUUUUUGAUUAAAUGUGAUCAAUAUUACAUCCUAACCAUUUUUAGCAUUUUCAAAAUAAAACCUAAACACCAUUCUGAAUUUGUUUUCAAGGAAAGUGACAUUGGUUUAUACAAAUAUACAUAAUUUCAAGAACUAAUGGGCAAAUAUCUAUAUUCUCUUCCAUCUAUAAAGGUGUAGAAUCCAUGCUUUUUACUUAUUUAUAUAUAUCUGUGUCUCUGUAUCAUGUUUGUGUUAGCAGAUUAGACAAAUUUUAUUGCAGAUAAAAGUAAAGCUUUUUAUGUACCUGAUCUUUUCACACAUGUAUUAUGCAAGAAUAUAUAUAGGGAGAAUUGGGACGUUUAAUGGUACAGGUGCUAUGUAUAAAGAACAUGAUAAGAAUGCUUACUGGUGAAUUUGAAUAAAUGUACACCACAAAAAGAGUCUUGGCUAAUUGAGGAAAUAAGUUUUUAUAAGAACUUGGCCAAUUUCUGAGAUAGGCUUUAGAUGGGGUUUAAUUCUCAUAGGCACAACUUGGAAGAUCUAAAGGCUUCUUUGUACAUGAUGGGUUUAAAGUCAAGCAAACCAGCUCAAGCAAACAGUGCUCAAAAUCUUAGAAGCAGGAAAAGAAGGUAAGCUGAUACAUCAAACUAGUGUAGGUUGUAAAGUACUUGAUAUCUGAACAUAUUAACUUUUCAGCUGAGAAGGUUGCAGUAGACUUAAAAAUCACUGUAAUAAGUGUUUGGUCACCAAGUUUCAAAAUUCUAAGAAGUUAUUAAACUUGGAUAUAAUAUAUAAAAUAAUAAAUCAACAUUUAGUUUUUAAUAACUUUAUAACAUUGAAAGAACCAUUGGCUCCAAGUUUGUGAAUUAUUGCUCAAUCAGCCUCUGUAAUUGCACUAUUCAGUACCCUCAGCUAUGUUCACUGGAAAGGUUGCCUGGUAUAGAGCAAUUCUGUAUGAGUCUAUUCAGCACUCAGCCCCACUGAACGCAGCUGAGUUUUCUCCCAUCUAAAUACUAGCUAAUUAGUCUAAAGCAGCCUUCCUCAUGCUAGUGCCACCCUAACUGUUGGAUUACCCCAUUGUCUCCUACCUCCAUUGUCCACUCAGUACAUGCUGGGGAUUGCAACUACGUGACUAUUAAAAGACAUGCGUUAUGUCUAUAACAAAUAUUGCCUUUUUGAAAGUGCCAGCUUUGUUCAAUUUCUGCUGCUUGGUUUAUCAUAGCUUCUAAAUCAAGGCCAUGGAAAAGUGCCAUCUGAAAUAUAACUCUCUCUUAUUUUUAAGUGGUUUCCAUCCUUUCUUCACUUAGAUCAGUUUUCCUCAAUCUGGUAUCCUCCAGAUAUCUUACAAAUACAAGUCAGAAUUCCAAGCCAGCACGAACCACAGCAGGUUACAGAUUUGGAGGGAAUAUAGUCUUGGUACACAUGGUGGACACCAGUUUCGAGAAUACUGACCUAGAAAUUGAAAAUUGUAUGUUCCAAUGAAUUCCUGGAAUCUAUACAACCUCUACAUGAUGCAAGAUAAAACACACCAUAUUUCUA